GCUUGGCGGCGGCGGCGGCGGGAGGUUGCGGGCGGCGGGUUGCGGCCGGGGAUGGUCCAGCGGGCGCGAUGGCCCCCGCCAUGCAGCCGGCCGAGCUCCAGUUCGCCCAGCGGCUGGCGUCCCACGAGAAGGGCAUCCGGGACCGGGCGGUGAAGAAGCUGCGCCAGUACAUCAGCGUGAAGACGCAGAGGGAGACAGGAGGUUUCAGUCAAGAAGAACUUCUAAAAAUAUGGAAAGGGCUCUUCUAUUGCAUGUGGGUGCAGGAUGAACCCCUCCUACAGGAGGAGCUAGCGAACACUAUUUCCCAACUCGUCCACGUUGUUAACAACUCAGAGGCCCAACACCUGUUCAUUCAAACCUUUUGGCAAACGAUGAAUCGGGAGUGGAAGGGGAUAGACCGGCUGCGUUUGGGCAAAUACUAUAUGCUGAUCCGUCUGGUCCUGAGGCAGUCCUUUGAAGUUCUGAGGAGACAUGGCUGGGAAGAAAGCCGGAUCAAGCUCUUCCUCGAUGUCUUGAUGAAAGAAAUCCUGCAUCCUGAGAGCCAGUCUCCGAAUGGAGUCAAGUUCCACUUCAUAGAUAUUUAUCUGGAUGAACUGUCCAAAGUGGGAGGGAAAGAGCUUUUGGCAGAUCAGAAUCUCAAGUUUAUUGAUCCAUUCUGCAAAAUUGCUGCCAAGACUAAGGACCAGACGCUGGUGCAGACCAUAGCGAGGGGUGUUCUUGAAGUCAUCGUAGACCAGUCUCCUUUAGGACCCGAAGAGACCCUCGAGGAACAGAAAACUCAAGGGGGUGAGAGCGAGUUCUCCGAAGAAGAGAUGCCUGAAAGCAAGGCGGCAUGGAGAAAACCAGUCCGUAAAAAGCAGCCGGCGCUGGGCAAGCACCACUCCAGAAAGGACGGGGUCCACGACGACGGGGAGAGAGGCGGUGGGCGCCCGGAGGACGCUGGGCCCCUGCUCCAGUUCGACUACAAGGCUGUUGCUGACCGACUCCUGGAAAUCACCAACAAGAAGAACAUCCCUCCCUUCAACAGGAAGCGUCUCUCCAAACUCAUCAAAAAAUUUCAGGAUCUCUCCGAAGGCGGUAUAUCUCAGCUCAGUUUUGCCGAGGAUGUUUCUGCUGAUGAAGAUGACCGAACCCUCAACCAAGGAAGGCAUAAGAAAAAAGGAAAUAAACUUGUAGAGGAAAAGGAGCUGGAGAAAGAGAAAGGAAACAGAUUCUUUCUUGCUGAGGAAGAGGGGAGCGAAGCCAGUAUUCAGAAGAGAAAAAGGAAGAAGAAGAAGAAGAACCACCUCCAGCCUGAACAUUUAGGGUCGGGGACGGAAGCCAUGUCCCCAGAACAGAAUGGGGGUGGCGAGCCAGGGACCGGCACGGGCCAAGCCCCGAAGACGGCGGCGGAGCCGGGGACAGCGGCCACUCCUGGUCCCCAGGAGCAGAGUGGCGCGGAGCCUGCCCCAGUGCUCAGCAGGAGGAAACGGCCCCGGAAGAGGAGCCCCGGGGUGCAGGGCGGGAGCGAGGAGUCUGCAUCACCACCACCUCUGGAGGACGUGGCCCCCGGCGGCCCCGGCAGCGCCCGUGCUCAGGACCCGGCUCUGCGAGCUUCCCCAGCCAGUGGGGCCCCGGUCCCGAAGAGGAAGCGGAAACUCGGAGCCCUCCCGGUCAACAGCAGCGGCCCCCCCACGCUGGCCUGGUCCUCACCCCUGGGCGGGAGGCUGAAGAAAAAGAAGGGGGAGCCUGGCAGCCUCGACCUGUGCGGCCCAUCCAGUCAGAAAGCUGCCAUCUUGAAAAAGAGGAACAGGAUGAAGGAGAUGUCUAAGUCGGUAGCGCGCAGCGGGGCGUUGGAGUCCGAGGCCGUGCUCGUCCAGGCUCUGGGAGGCGGGGGCGCUUUCAGCCCCUUGAAGAAGCAGCAGCUGAGGGUAGAGAAUGACUUUGUGAGGUUUGACACCCCCUUCUUACCAAAGCCGCUGUUCUUCAGAAAAGCCAAGGGCAGCGCCACUGCGGCCUCUGCGCCCCGUGCCGUGCAGGUACGCAAGACGCCAUCCAGCUCCAAGAAAGUCACCUUCGGGCUGAACAGAAACAUGACUGCAGAAUUCAAGAAGACAGACAAGAGCAUCCUGGUCAGUCCCACAGGCCCCUCCCGAGUGGCCUUCAACCCUGAGCAGAGGCCCCUCCAUGGAGUGCUAAAGACGCCCACAAGCUCACCCACCAGCACCCCCCUGGGGACCAAGACGCUGCUGACCGCCACACCAAAGAGAAGGCCUACGGCUAUGGACUUCUUCUAG